AUGUCUGCCCAGCAUCCAUAUCGCCAGCUCAAAAUCCCACCCGAGGCCCCAUUCGAACUCAAACCCUCUUCAGGCAAGGGAUGGGGCGGACACGAUAUUACCGAUGACGACGUCCUGAAAGGCUUGAGAGAAGCGUCCCAGGACAAGAUCUCAGAAUUCUUCCUCUUGAAAAGCGACGCUGCAGAAAUACUCGCGGAUUUGACACACGCAUUCCUGUCCAACCACUUCGCACUCGUGCUCACGGGCAAUCUCAACGCGCACCACAACGAUCCUACAGCUCAGGGGUUGUUCAUCCUCCUCUCGCGUUUCAAUCAUUCAUGCAUCCCUAAUGCGUCAAUGCCAAUGAACAAAGGAGAUUCCAUCUCCUGCGUCGCGAGCAAGGACACUCGUCCCGGUGAAGAGAUCACUUUCGCAUAUUUUGACGCGCGCCUGGAAAUGACUCGAGUCAGAUUUCAGUCAAAACGAAGUUCGGAGAUUGCCACCCGCGCUUUGAAGCAGGAUACUUGGCUUAAGAAAUGGCAGGUGGCGAGCGAGCUUUAUGGGCGACCCGAUCCUUCUGAUCAUAUGGCUAGCAUGGAGCUACUGCACUGGCGAUCUAAGGGCAUGUUCUGA